UAAAUGGACUGUAGAUGCACCGGGAGCGAUCUGUCUUCUCCUCUGUGCAGUUUGACACGAUGGUUCAGCUGGACUGCGGCUUCAAAGUUUUGGGACGAGCAAGUUUCUCUCUCUGCUUUGUGAUAACAGCUGGACUUCUGUCCAUGUCGGAGAGCACAGCUAGCGGGUAUAAUCAAGACACAGAUAGUUCUCCUGAUGGAUUUCCCAACUAUGAAGUUGUUCAUCCUAUUAGAGUGGAUUCAUCGGGACAUUUUUUGUCCAAUCAUGUGUCCCACCACGUGAGUCGAAUUCAAAGGAGAGAGACAUCAAAAAACAAAGAGAGCCCGGCCCGGGUUUUUUACCAUCUGCAGUAUGGUGGUCAAGACCUGCACUUUAACCUCACCCUAAACCCUCACCUACUAGGGCCUGGAUUCCUCACAGAGUGGAGAUACGGUGGUCUGCAAGGGUCUACAUUAAAAAGCCAUGGCCACUCUCUCUGCUACUUCCUGGGAGAUGUCUGGAGCAGCACAUCGAAGUGGGGUCAGGCAGCUCUGAGCACUUGCAAUGGCCUGAAAGGGCUGUUCAGGCUCUCAGAAGAGGAAUUCUUCAUUAGUCCGCUGCAGUCAGCGCAAAAAACAUCAGCUCCACAGGCUCAUGCAGUCUAUAAGCGACAUGCUGUCCAAUCAGAGCACCAGCUGGUGCAGCCUCUGCUUGGGGAUCACACAGCUAACGCGUCUUGCGGGGUCAGAGAUCCUUUAGGAGGGGCAGGGCAGGUGGAGAGGCAAAGAGAGCGCUGGGAGAGACGGCAACACCGCAGACGGAUUAGACAGCGCUCUGUAAGCACUGAGAAGUGGGUAGAGACUCUGGUAGUGGCUGAUCCUAAAAUGGUGGAGUACCAUGGGAGCAAAGGAGUUGUGAGCUAUGUGCUCUCAGUCAUGAAUAUUGUGGCAGGGUUAUUUCGGGAUGCCAGCAUUGGAAAUGCCAUCAACAUCGCUGUCGUGCGUCUCAUUCUGCUGGAAAAGGACGAGGAGGAUUUGAAAAUUACCCAUCAUGCAGACAACAGCCUGAACAGCUUCUGUAAGUGGCAGAAAGGCAUCAAUAUGAAGGAUGAUGAUCAUCCAGUACAUCAUGAUGUUGCUGUCCUUAUUACUAGAAAAGACAUUUGUGCUGCCAUCAAUAAGCCUUGUGAGACAUUGGGACUGUCUCAUGUGGCUGGAAUGUGCCAACCUCACCGCAGCUGCAGCAUCAAUGAAGACACAGGCCUGACUCUGGCAUUUACAAUCGCACAUGAGCUCGGCCACAACUUUGGGAUCCAGCAUGAUGGAAACGGCAAUGACUGUGAGCCCAUUGGGAAAAGACCUUUCGUCAUGUCUCCACAGCUUCUUUAUGGAACCUCUCCACCCAAUUGGUCACGCUGCAGCCGUGAAUACAUCACCCGCUUCCUCGAUCGAGGCUGGGGCUGGUGUCUGGAUGACCCUCCUGUCAGAAACGAUCUGGAGAUGCACUCUGCUCCCCCUGGCGUCCUGUACACCGCUGCUCAUCAGUGCAAGCUCCAGUACGGAUCCAGCUCACUGCUCUGUGACGAUGUAGAUAAUAUCUGCAGCACCCUGUGGUGCACAGUGGGCUCAACAUGCCACUCGAGGCUGGAUGGCGCCGUGGAUGGGACAAAGUGUGGUGAGGGCAAGUGGUGCUUUGACGGGGAGUGUGUCGAGAUGGGCUUCCAACCUAAAAGCGUGAAUGGUGGUUGGGAUUCAUGGAGCGAGUGGUCCAGGUGCACCAGGACAUGUGGUGUAGGCGUUCAGAAUGCCCAGAGGGAGUGUGUCAACCCCGUGCCUAAGUAUGGAGGUAAAUACUGUCUUGGAGAACGCCGCAGAUAUCGAAUCUGUAACCGUGACCCUUGUCCUGCGGACCAGCCCAGCUUCAAACACAUCCAGUGUAGCCGCUUUAACACAAUCCCAUAUAAGGGGAAGUUUUAUAAAUGGAUGCAUGUAAAUAACAGAGUUAAUCCAUGUGAGCUGCACUGUAGACCUGUGAAUGAGCACUUUUCCGAGAGGAUGCUGGACACUGUCAUAGACGGAACACAGUGUUAUGAAGGCAGUCAGAGCCGUGACAUAUGCAUUAACGGCAUUUGUAAGUACUUAGGCUGUGAUUAUGAGAUCGACUCAGAUGCCGUUGAGGAUCAGUGUGGAGUGUGCCAUGGAAAUGGAUCUACGUGCGAAACAGUGAGGAAGACCUUCGAGGACACUGAAGGGCUCGGCUAUGUAGACAUAGGUCUAAUUCCGGAAGGAGCUCGGGACAUCCAUAUUGAGGAAGUUGCAGAGGCUGGGAACUACUUGGCAUUGCGCAGUAAUGACCCUGAAAAAUAUUUCCUGAAUGGUGGCUGGACGAUUCAGUGGAACGGCGAGUAUAAAGCAGCAGGAACCAUAUUUACUUACGAAAGGACCGGGCAGCUGGAAAACCUAUCUUCCCCCGGACCGACCAUGGAGCCAGUGUGGAUCCAGCUGCUUUUUCAAGAGACCAAUCCAGGGGUGAGGUAUGAGUACACCAUAAGCAGAGACACUCUUGUCGACUCCAACAAUGGCACUGCUGUCUCAUAUUUCCAGUGGAUUUAUGGAGCUUGGACUGAGUGCAGCGCCACAUGUGGAACUGGUGUGCAGAGGCAAGUUGUGCACUGUGUGGAGAAAACAUCUGGAAUCGUCGAGGAACAUUACUGUGAUCCAUCUACUAGACCGGAUGACAAGCAAAGUAAUUGCAACAAGGGGGCAUGUCCUGCCAUAUGGUGGGUUGGUGAGUGGCAGAAGUGCUCAUCUAGCUGUGGGGACAUUGGGCUUAGUAAAAGAACAGUGCUGUGUAUUCGGAGCCUAGGGCUGGAUGAGAAACGAGCGCUUCAGCCAGCUGAAUGUCAACACUUGCCUAAGCCUGAGUCAAUUGUUCGGUGUAACACAGAUGUGUCCUGUCCUGCUGACUGGACCACUGGAAGCUGGUCAGAGUGUUCAGUGAGCUGUGCAGCUGGAUUCCGGAUACGUGACGUGACCUGCAGCUGGAAUACUGGUACGGACUGUGAUCCGAAAGCCAAGCCUAAUUCAACUAUGCCAUGCUAUCUUCAGGACUGCCCCAUAAAUUCUGAAACCUUUGGCAAUGACUGGUCAGGAAGCGGAGCAUCCAGCAAAGAAGUUUUUAAUGAGAUAAAUGCUAUACAGCACUUCAAUACUGCUAAAAAUCAGCCCAGGGGCAAUGCUGACCUCAAUGACAUUAUAGAAGAUGAUUUCUCACAUUAUAGUCAUGUUGAAAAGUCCUCUAAUAAUUCUAUUGUGAAAAAUCUUCAAGUUGAUGAUUUUUAUUAUGACUACAAUUUUAUAAGAUUCCACGAGGAUUUGUCGUAUGACUUUGAUAAAGAUGAAAAUGAUAUGUUUGAUAACUCAGGAAUAAAACAUGGAGACAUUACUCUGACAGGGACAGAAGUCCCUAUAACUACCUCAUCGCCAUCCACCACUGCUGACCAACACAGUACCACCAUGCGCUCUGACAGCAUUAAAAACAAGGGUACUGAAGGUCAUGGACCUCAAAACAAAGACGUGCUAGAUGAAAAUAAUGAUGAGCUGUUUGCUGAGGAUUACUUUCUGCCUGUCAUUACAACAACUGACCCAUCCUCUGCAGUUACCAGGUUAUUUAGCAAAUGGAUGGACAAUGAUAGCGACUUCAGUGUUACAAGGAAACCUCCAUCAACUGCAGAUGUGUCCACUCAGGGCAAGCGGACAUUAUCAUAUGAAACUGAGCCGAAAAUCUUUUUGACUCCUGAACCACAUACAAAUGCAAACUCAAAUAACCAUGACAAUUACAAAAGCAAUCAAAAAGAUAAAACCAUAACAUCAGUAACUGAAGAUGAGAAUGAGGAGGAAUUUGAUGAAGAUGUUCCUGGAGGUGAAAGUGAACCUCCUUUAGAUUAUGUUUUUAAGUUCGAAACUACUCCAUUACAGUGGAGCACGACCUCACCAACAUUCUCAUUGAGCGCAACUUCUCAGCCAUUGGAUCUUCACAGCAGUGUUUCCAGUGAUGACCUUGCAAAAAAUUAUUUUCUGACGGAACCAUCAUUUAACAUUGAGAGCGAUAUCACUGUAAGAGAGUUCACUACGACCUCAGAUAGCCUUUCUCAAGAGUAUGUUCCUUCUCUAACUUCCUCUGUCCCAGCCAAACAUUACAGUAGCAUGACCUCAGCAGCUGGAACAACAGCUCUACCUCCUACAGAAAUGGAAAGUGAUUUUGAGCCCCCACUCUUCACUCCAAGUGAUAUUCCAGGCACUACAAUUGCUACAGAAACUCAAAGUUGGUAUUCCAAAGCCACUGCACCACCCAAAACUAAUGGGCCUAAAAUAGAACCUUGGGGAACAUCGGUUCCUUUACCUCGUUGGACAGAGAUUGACAACAAUGCGAUUACUAUUGCCCGAAUGCUGAAACCUACUGGGCUAAAUCCCUCUCUGUCUACUCCUACUGAGCAGCCAUCUCAGGGCACUAGCAGUGAGCAUUCAGUGCAUUCUUCUAGCCCUCCGAUGCCCACUGGGCUGGCCAUGCCUUCUAUUUCCCCAUCAGCCUCCCCUGCACACUGGAAAAAAAGCAACUGGAGUGCUUGCUCAACAAGUUGCGGGCUUGGUGCCAUCUGGAGGUCAGUGUCCUGCAGCACUGGUGAUGAAUCAGACUGUGACUUAGCUACAAGGCCAGUGCCAGCCCGGCGCUGCUACCUUCGUCCCUGCUCUGCAUGGAAAAUUGGAGAGUGGAGUAAAUGCUCGAAGAAUUGUGGUGUAGGAGUGAAGGUCAGAGAGAUUCAAUGUUAUGACACACGAGAUCAGAGGUUGCUGCGGCCAUUUCAUUGCCAGGCCACCUCUCCCAGACCUCCAGUCCGAAUUCCUUGUAACAUCCACAACUGUUUAGAGUGGUACACCUCUUCUUGGGGGCAGUGUUCAGAGCUGUGUGGAGUUGGGGAGCAGCAGAGGCUGGUCACCUGCCCUGAAACUGGGAAAUGUGAUGAUGACCUACAGCCCAGCAACAUCCAGACUUGCAAUGUCCAUCCAUGCCACCAGUGGAUUACUGGUUCCUGGGGUCAAUGUUCAGUGUCCUGUGGAGGAGGAGUUCAGCGCCGUCUGGUUAAGUGUGUCAACACUAAGGCCGAGCUCGAGGAUGAAAAUGAGCAUGUUGAUUGUGAUCACGAACCUCGACCAAAGAACACAAAGAAGUGUAACAUUCAUGACUGCGACAGCACCCUCUCUGGUCAGUUGUGUUCACGGGACCAUUUGACGUUACGCUUCUGUCAGACCCUCCAGUGGCUCGGCCGAUGUCAAGCGCCUUCGGUCCGUGCAAAGUGCUGCAAGACAUGCGGGCUGCCAUCACGGGGCAACGAUCGCAUCGCAAGUCGCUGAGAUGCAGGAAUGACUGUUGUAAGCCAAGGAACGAAAGAUUACACAAAUACUCAAAGCAGCUAUGGACAGACUGGUCUGGUCUGUUGCAACUGAACAACAGUUCAUCAGGGAGCUACUUUGUCCCUACAUCUUUAAACACAUACAGUAUAAGAGGUGCUCAUUUUCACCCAUCAUCUCAGAUAAGUUGUAGUAAAACAGGUAGAGUGGACCAUCUUUCCAUCUCGCUAUUGACCGAUGCAGGCAUGGUUUAUUUUAGCUCAUUUUAGCUCUUCCGGUUUUUCAUGAAGUCAAUGGUUAGGUCUGCGGUUCAUACACGCACAUGAUAUUUUCAUCUUUUAAUCAGUGGCAUAAACUAAAAGAAGCUAAAUGGGACUGCAUUAAACGUCAUAGCAUCGAACAAAAAACUCAUCUACUCACUAAACCGCUUUCAAAAAACGUGUCCUGUUCAAGGUUGCUUGUUUCUAUUUAUUUAAGGUCGAAGGCAGAUCAGAUGUAAACCAGUAAUGAAGUACCUGGUGCUGCAACAUAAACCGGUGCUAAAGGUAGCGAGCGCUAAGCUCCUCACUCAGUCUAGUGUUGGCUGGUACUUGAAUUCUAUACACACUAUUUAUAGUACCUUAAUUUUACAUGUCUGUAUUACCCUUGGAUUAAUAAACAUAUACACAGAAUAACAGUUCAGUGUACCACUUUGCAAAAUGUAUACGGCGUAGAAUAGCUUAUCUGCUUUCGUAACAUAUAAAGGAUUCUUUUUAAUGCAGUCGUUAUAUUCCUCUAGUGUAUGAUAUGAUACAACCGUUAGAGACAUCAGUUUAUAGAAAAACUGUUGAGAUGUUUGUCAGGUACGUGAAAUAUUACACUUAGUGAUUGUUUAGUGGGGUUGUUUUUGUCUUUUUUUUUACUACAUGACCACUAACCGCACACGCUCACAUCUGCAUUUCUGCAAAGUUUCCCGGACAAACACUGUUACGGAGCUCAGUUCACACAGAGGUCACUUUUAACCCAAGCAGCUUUAUGUCGGUCGACGCUUCCUCUCGGAUAUAUUUUCGUUGGUCAUCACGUCGACUUAAAUGUGCGCCAACGAGUGAAAUCUAUUUAGGUUACAGUUUGAGCAGAUUCCCAUUUAACAGCUGCAUACCUGCCGCAAAAAUCUACCAAAAGCGACUGCACCUUACGUUUCAUAUUCUCUCUAACUCGAUUAUAUGUUUCGCUUUAUCACAGUUCGUAUAUCGUUUGUUUAUUUUGUGAAAACACAUUUUUUUUCCUGCACUCACUUUACUUUCAACACUCGUUCAUCCAAGGGCCGUGUUCUAGCUGCAGCGUUCAUCAUUUGUUCAUGUUGCUUUGCUUUAAUGAUUCAGUUACGAAGCCUGCGCUGCAUCACUAACAACCGAUCAACAUCAAACAGCAAAUGCAACAUAUUUCGUUCGUCAAGUUGCACUGAGACAUGUAAUUAACUUGUAAUAAUCUUCAUUUUGUUAAGUGUUUGUUUAGGCUUGUAAUCUUGUGGACUGUCCAGUACAUGUAGACAUGGUUAAUACUUUACAGUCAAUUCCAUUUAGUUAACUAUCAAUGAGCAAUAUUUUUGUUACACUAUUUAUUCAUCUUCGUUAACGUUAGCUAACAAAAAUACAACCGUUCAUUGUUUGUUUAUCUUAGCUCAGGUGCAUUAAAUAAUAUUAACAGAUACAAGUUUAGAUUUUAAUAAAUGUUGAAAUUAACAAUAAGAUUAAUAUAUGCUUUAAAAAUAUUUUUCAUUGAUAGUUAAUGGAACCUUAUUGUAAAGUGUUGCCUAGAUGAUUCAUUUUUUUAAACAUUAAUACAUUUCGGGGGAAUGUGUCAUUGUCAUAUGAAAUAUUAUUAAUAUUGCACUUCUGUAACACCUUUAUUAAAUGUUUUUUUUGUAAA